GUCCGAUGGGUAUCUGCAAUGCCCCUGCGACCUUUCAGCGGGCCAUGAACAUGGCUUUUCAAAACUUCGUACGGAAGACUCGUUUGACGCAGAGCAUCAUCAAAUACUGCGCGAUUGUGUACAUGGAUGACAUCCUGGUCUAUUCGAGUUCCUAUGAAGGACACGAGCAGCACAUCGAAUGGGCACUGCAUGCGUUACGAGAUGCAGGCUUCAAGGAGGCGCCGGAGAAAUGUCAGUUUUUUCUCACCGCCAUUUCCUUCCUGGGGCACGUGGUGACAGACAAGGGACUUCAACCGGAACCGCAAAAGGUGGUAGAUGUCAGGGAUGCGCCAGUGCCUACCACUAUCACGCAAGUUCGCGCCUUUCUGGGCCUAGCUUCGUAUUACCGAAGAUUUAUCAAAGGUUUUGCGGCAAUUGCGGGACCCCUCACAAAUCUCCAACGCAAGGAUCAGCCGUUGAUCUGGACGCCGGAGUGCGAUCAAGCGUUUUUCAAAUUCAAAGCUGCCCUCAUUUCGGCUCCAGUCCUUAUAAGACCGGAUCCCGAAAAGCCUUUUGUUCUAAUCACCGACUGGCAGCCAGAGGCGAUUUCAGCGAUCCUUGCCCAGGUGGGACUAAGCAGAAUUGAGAGAGUGAUAGAGUAUGCGUCCAAAUCAGUGCCCGCCUGCAAACGCAACUACACCGCUCCAACGGAAGAAUGCUAUGCGGCUCUCUGGGGAAUAAGUCGCUUUCGUGCUUACCUGUACAGACGAAAAUUCACCCUGGUAACUGAUCAUGAACCCCUGUUGGCUCUGAAGAAAUCGAAGGAUUACUCGGGCAUGAUCGGGCGAUGGGCAACGGUGCUGCAGAGUAUGGACUUUGACAUCCGUCAUCGGAAGCACGAGAGACACGGGAACAUGGAUGGAUUGACACGAUUGCACCGGCCUGAAAAAGUUCUGAGGAGUGAGGAGGUGAUUCCGUGGAAUGAACCAAAGCAGGAGAUCGGACCUCGGUACGGCCAAGUGAAGAUCCUGUCGAAGUAGUAAGUGACACGCAGACUAAUUCAGUCUUGUCUCUUCCCCUCUUUCAUCAUGACUACCCCACCUGCCUUCACAACCCCCUCUUCUCCUACUAAUUCUCCCCCUCUUACUUCCUCAGCUUUCUUUGCCACCUUCCCCGAUAAAUUAUGUUAUUUUUGCACGUGCAUUGCACGGGUUUAUGGGGUCGACUGUCAUCCCUUUGAAACUGGGUUUGUCGAUUGGGUAGAAUGUGCCACGUGUGUCAACCGUGCGCACGGGGCCUGCGUACGAUAUCGGACGAGUAGCAAGGAAUGGAGGUGCCCCCUAUGUAGAACGAACAAACUCCCCACAGAGGU